UCCCUGCUCCAUCAUCCGCGCGGCCCGUCCCUGCUCCAUCCCGUGCCAGACGGGCGUCCCCUUCGCCUCGGGCAGGAAGGAGUGGCGCCUGGAUGGGUACGGGCGACAGCAUGGCUGGCCCAUGCGGAGACAGCCGGAGACCGUGGCCGGCGCUCAGGCGACGGCUAGGCGGGGACCCCCGCCUGUCCCUGCCCGCGGCGGCUCAGCCCCGCUGCUCCUCCCCACCCGCGGCCAAGGAGGCGCGCGCGGGCGCCCGAGCGCCGGCCAUCCUAGGCGGGGCCCGCUCCUCCCGGCUCGCGCAGCCGUCCCCGCCCCGGCAGUGCUCCUCCUCGUCGGCGCCCGCGGUUCACCAGGCGUGCCGGGCCACUCGGCGCCAGCUGCGCUCGCCUGCUCCCCCCGCGUCCCUGCCCGCCUGCUCCCCACCAGCUGCGCUCGCCUGCUUCCCCGGCGGCGCUGCCCGCCUGCUCCCCACCAGCGCCGUCCGCGCCGCCCGUCCAGGGGCCGGCAGUUUUCGCCCUGGCGGCCGUCCCGGUCAGGCGGCGCGCCGGCCCAACCCCAUACGUCCAUGGCUGCGGCUGGCUCGCGGCCGCCCAGCCCCCGCCCGUUCCUGGCCGCGGUCCGUCCCCAGCUGCGGUGGCCUGGCGCCGCCCCCGCCUGACCCCGGUUGCGGCCGCCGAGGCACCGCCCGGCACCCAGGCGUGGCGCAGAGGGACGGCCAAAAAAUAGCAAGGGCAUGGAAGGAAGGCAUGCUCCAAAGUCCAUAAAAUCAACUAGUGGAAUCUAGUUAUCCAAACGGUAGGAUUCAAAUUUUAUCUCAAAUCCAAAUUUUCACAGUCCAUCAAAAUCUAGUUUCUUCCAAAAUCUGAAUGGGCGCCUUUGGUUCGAUGCAUUUGCCCUGGCCUGGCUCAUGAGGUGCAGUGAUGAGCAGUUUGGUUGCUUGGGAAUAGAACUCGGUCUGGCUGGUGGCGUGCAAAUUGCCCCGCCGAGUCUGGCUAUUGAGAAAGGAAAAUGAAAUCCGUUUCUAGCGGGCCUGGUUCGCGGGAGUCGCGAGGGAGCACGUUGAGGCUCAAAAUAUGCAUGUUUAUCUACCUCAUCCGGUCAUUCAAACAGCAGUCGAAUUUGUCCAAGCUACAUUCGCUCAGUUAACCAAACACAUGUACGUUGCAUAUACAUAUCCAGGCUCACCUCAGCCUGGGUG